AAGAAGUUUGGGGAAAAAAGUUUGGAAAAGUUUCUAUAAUAACGAGGGGGCGUCCAGAGGGAGGCGGCAGCGGCGAAGGAGGGGGCGUCUCGGAGAAGGGAGGGAGGGAGCCACCGGUCUAGAGACUGCAGCCUCCUGAGACUCCCCCCCUCCCACCCAGCCCGGGACCUGGGGGCUUUGGCCGGAUCCAUGGGGGCAGCGAGCUGCGAGGAUGAGGAGCUGGAAUUUAAGCUGGUGUUCGGGGAGGAAAAGGAGGCCCCCCCGCUGGGUGCGGGCGGUUCGGGGGAAGAACUGGACUCAGAGGACACCCCACCAUGCUGCCGUCUGGCCCUGGGGGAGCCCCCUCCCUAUGGCGCCACCCCUAUUGGCAUUCCCCGGCCUCCACCCCCUCGGCCUGGCAUGCACUCCCCACCACCCCGCCCAGCCCCCUCUCCUGGCACUUGGGAGAGCCAGCCAGCCCGGUCAGUGAGGCUGGGGGGGCCGGGAGGGAGCUCCGGUGGGGCUGGGGGAGGCCGCGUUCUUGAGUGCCCCAGCAUCCGCAUCACUUCAAUCUCUCCCACUCCUGACCCACCAGCCACGCUGGAGGACAAUCCAGAUGCCUGGGGGGAAGGCUCUCCCAGGGAUUACCCCCCACCAGAAGGCUUUGGAGGCUACCGAGAGGCAGGGGGCCAGGGCGGAGGCCCCUUCUUCAGCCCAAGCCCAGGCAGCAGCAGCCUGUCCUCCUGGAGCUUCUUCUCAGACGCCUCCGACGAGGCAGCCUUGUAUGCAGCCUGUGAUGAGGUGGAGUCUGAGCUAAAUGAGGCGGCCUCCCGCUUUGGUCUGGGCUCUCCACUGCCCUCGCCCCGGGCUUCCCCUAGGCCGUGGACCCCAGAUGACCCCUGGAGCCUGUAUGGUCCGAGCCCUGGAGGCCGGGGGCCAGAGGAUAGCUGGCUGCUCCUCAGCGCUCCUGGGCCCACCCCCGCCUCCCCAAGACCUGCCUCUCCCUGUGGCAAGCGGCGCUAUUCCAGCUCAGGAACCCCAUCUUCGGCCUCCCCAGCUCUGUCCCGCCGAGGCAGCCUAGGGGAGGAGGGGCCUGAGCCACCUCCACCACCCCCAUUGCCUCUGGUCCGGGACCCUGGCUCCCCCGGCCCUUUUGACUACGUGGGAGCCCCACCGGCAGAGAGCAUCCCCCAGAAGACCCGGAGGACUUCCAGCGAGCAGGCAGUGGCCCUGCCUCGGGCUGAGGAACCUGCCCCAUGCAACGGGAAGCUGCCUUCAGGAGUAGAGGAGGCCGGGGCUCCUCCCGGGGGUCCUCGGAAGGAGGUGGCAGGCAUGGACUACCUGGCAGUGCCCUCCCCACUGGCUUGGUCUAAGGCCCGGAUUGGGGGACACAGCCCCAUCUUCAGGACCUCUGCCCUCCCGCCCCUGGAUUGGCCUUUGCCCAGCCAGUAUGAGCAGCUGGAGCUGAGGAUCGAGGUGCAGCCCAGAGCCCACCACCGGGCCCACUAUGAGACAGAGGGCAGCCGGGGAGCUGUCAAAGCUGCCCCUGGUGGUCAUCCUGUGGUCAAGCUCCUAGGCUACAGUGAGAAGCCACUGACCUUACAGAUGUUCAUCGGCACUGCAGAUGAGAGGAACCUGCGGCCCCAUGCCUUUUACCAGGUGCACCGCAUCACGGGCAAGAUGGUGGCCACAGCCAGCUAUGAAGCCGUAGUCAGUGGUACCAAGGUGUUGGAGAUGACACUGCUUCCUGAGAACAACAUGGCAGCCAACAUUGACUGUGCUGGAAUCCUGAAGCUUCGGAAUUCAGACAUUGAGCUGCGGAAGGGUGAGACGGACAUCGGGCGCAAGAACACACGCGUGCGGCUGGUAUUCCGGGUACACGUGCCUCAAGGCAGUGGGAAGGUCGUCUCGGUGCAGACAGCAUCGGUGCCCAUCGAGUGCUCCCAGCGCUCAGCCCAGGAGCUGCCCCAGGUGGAGGCCUACAGCCCCAGUGCCUGCUCUGUGAGAGGAGGGGAGGAGCUAGUGCUGACCGGCUCUAACUUCCUGCCAGACUCCAAGGUCGUGUUCAUCGAGAGGGGUCCUGAUGGAAAGCUGCAAUGGGAGGAGGAGGCCACAGUGAAUCGGUUGCAGAGCAAUGAGGUGACCCUGACCCUGACCGUCCCUGAAUACAGCAAUAAGCGAGUGUCCCGGCCAGUCCAGGUCUACUUUUAUGUCUCCAAUGGGCGGAGGAAGCGCAGUCCUACCCAGAGUUUCAAGUUCCUGCCUGUGAUCUUCAAGGAGGAGCCUCUACCAGAUGCAUCUCUCCGGGGCUUCCCUUCAGCCUCGGGCCCCCCCUUUGGCUCUGAAAUGGACUUCUCACCACCCAGACCCCCCUACCCCCCCUCCUAUCCCCAUGAAGACCCUGCUUACGAAACUCCCUAUGUGUCAGAAGGCUUCAGCUAUGGCACGCCCCCUCUGUACCCCCAGACGGGACCCCCACCCUCCUACAGACAUGGCCUGCGGAUGUUCCCGGAGACCGGGGGUACCACAGGUUGUGCCCGCCCACCUCCAGGCUCCUUCCUUCCCCGGCCCUUCCCUAGUGACCCCUAUGGAGGACGGGGCUCCCCCUUUCCCCUGGGGCUGCCGUUUCCUCCUCCUGCCCCCUUCCGACCUCCACUGCCUUCAUCCCCACCACUGGAAGGCCCCUUCCCUCCCCAGAGUGGUGUUCACGCCCCCCCUGCUGAGGGAUACAAUGAGGUAGGGCCGAGCUAUGGCCCUGGGGAGGGGGCUCCGGAGCAGGAGAAAUCCAGGGGUGGCUACGGCAGCGGCUUCCGAGACAGUGUCCCUAUCCAGGGUAUCACGCUGGAGGAAGGGAGCGUGGAGUACCUGCCAGCCCUUUUCCUGCCUCGACCCUCUGCCCCAGAUCACAGAAUCUCAGGGCUAGAGGUACUUUCCAGAUCGUUUAAUCUAGCUCCCUGUUUGCAGAUUCAGGCACUGAAUUUCAGAGAGUGGCAGUGGCUUGCUGAGGUCUCAGUCAAGUGUGGUAUCCCUUGCCUCAGCUUCUCCCCUAAACAUGGUGACUGUGGUCUGGAUUGCCCAUGAGGAGGCUUUCCAAUCUCCCCUCUCCUUCCUCCCACUGGCUACGCCCAUCUCCGGCCCUGCUGAUAGGCAACUGCCCUGACAUUGCAGGGGGAGCCAGCGGGAAGGGGCUGGCAUGAGGGCCUGGGAGCCCACGUGGAUUAAGAGCAGGUGUCAGGACACAUGGGGGAAACUGAGGCUCAGGGGAAGAGAAGCUAGAGCAGGAGGAGCCCAGAGGCAUCCUAGACAGAGGCCUGCCUGGAAUGGAUUGGGAGUCUGGAAAAGGAGGCGCCCUGGCCCUAGCCCGGUCUCUCAACUGCUCCUCCUUUACAGUGAGUGAGAUCAUUGGCCGAGACCUGAGUGGCUUCCCUGCACCUCCUGGAGAAGAGCCUCCUGCCUGAACCUUCGCCUGGCACCCCCGUCCCCACCCCCAAGCCCUGUCCACUUGCCUCCAUCCUGGGGUGGUGGUUCCGGAUGCUGGGGAACCAAUCUUGUUCCUCUUUCGCCAGCUCUUACCUCCUCUCCUCUCCCCUCCCUGCCCUCCCCUAGCUGAGGUGUGGCCCCUGGGCCUUGGAGGGCUGGGGGUGGGAGAGUGUGGAGGACUGGGAGGGGGCGGACACUGGGUGGGGGCCGGACACAAGGACUGGAGGACUGAUGGGAGCAAAGGCCAUGCCUUGACUCGGUAUGGGCCACAGUGCUGGGAGGCUGGGGACAGGUUGAUGGGUAAUAAACUGCUCACUGACUAGUG